AUGCAAGAAAGUGUCAACAAGUUUUCAGAUGCCUGUAACAACUUYGGCCUGACAAUAAGUACCAAGAAGACAGAAGUCAUGCUUCAACCAGCACCAAGCACACCAUACAUGGAACCCGAGAUCUACAUUARCUCCCAGCGUCUAAACCCGGUGGAAAAAUUCACAUAYCUUGGCAGUACGUUAUCCAGAGUCAUACACAUAGAUGAUGAAGUCAAUGCCCGCAUCGCUAAAGCCAGUGCAUCUUUUGGUCGAUUGAACAAAACAGUCUGGAACCGAAGAGGCAUCUCAACAGAGACAAAGCUGGGCGUGUACAGAGCAGUAGUAUUGACAUCAUUACUCUACGCAUGCGAGACAUGGACGGUGUACCAAAGGCAUGCCAGGAAAUUGAAUCAUUUUCACACCAUAUGCCUGCGCAAGAUCCUUGGCAUAAAGUGGUAUGACCAUAUUCCUGACACUGAAGUACUGGAUCGUGCAAACAUGUUCAGUAUCAACACCAUGCUGCAGCAAGCACAACUCCGAUGGGCCGGUCAUGUGAGAAGGAUGUCUGAUACACGCAUCCCAAAACAACUCCUCUAUGGUGAACUCCAAUAUGGCACUCGCAGCAAAGGCGGUCAGAAAAAGCGCUACAAAGACACCCUAAAAGUCUCUGCAAAGCAAUUUGGAAUAGAUCCAGACAACUGGGAAGAGCUUGCAGAUGACAGAACUCACUGGCGCACAGUAGUCAAGAAAGGGGCCAAGCUAUGCGAGGACAAGCGUGGAAGAUACGGUUAUUAUUGGUUGCACACCAAAGGUUUGAAUAACACUACCAACAAAAGUAUCAGGAAUAUCCAUAAAACGCUCCCGAGCAGACCCAAAGUAUUUUCGAUGGUGCUAAAGGCGGAAGAAAUAUCAGAUGUAUUUAAGAUCAAAGUAUAG